UGAGGGUUUCUCUUUUCUUAAAUUCUCUCUCUAUUUCUUAACAAACAUAAGAUAGUCACAGAAAUCGCCACCAUGCAAGGAACCGAGCGUGAUUUGAACUACAAAGUGACCGAGCUGUGUCUAGGGUUGCCCGGUGGAGGUGGUGGAGGAGCCGCCGCCGCUGGUGGUGAAAAUGAAGUGGAGAGUUCACCAAAGACGACAGGGAAAAGAGGGUUCUCCGGCAUGGAUCUGGACCAGAACCUAGGGAAUGGUUCAAAAGAAACUUCAUACACCAAAGAUCCUGCAAACCACCAGCCAAGGCACAGUAUCGGUUGGCCACCAGUUCGGUCUUAUCGGAAGAGCAUAAUGGCCAACCAGAAGAACAACAGCGAGGAAUGUCAGAAAGCUGCUGCCCUUGUCAAGGUCAGCAUGGAUGGUGCACCAUUUUGCGUAAGGUGGAUCUGAAGCUGUACAACGGCUACCAAAAUUUAUGUGAUGCCUUGGCCAAGAUGUCAGUUCCUUCACCAUGGAAGCGAAUUACGAUCUCAAGGAUGAUAGACUUAUGAACGAGAGCAAGUUGAUGGAUCUUCUCAACAGUUCUGACUAUAUGCCAACCUAUGAAGAUAAGGAUGGACUGGAUGCUCGUGGGCGAUGUACCAUGGGAGUAUAUAUAUAUAUAUAAUAUAUAUAUAU